CUCAACGCGCAUGACUCGGAUACACGUCCAUUGUUAUUACGAAUCGAAGCGUGAACAAAUCGCGCUUAAUGUCAAAUUUGACACUCAAUAGAUCUAUCAUGUUAGCAUAAUACAAUUCUUUAACACAAGUUUUAUUGAAAUCGUGUGCUUUCUCUGUAUUUUUUGCAUGACAAUCGUUAUUCGAUAUGGUUCAGUGUGUUGCUUUCGGGUGCAAAGAACGUGAGGAAAAGGGAAAGAAGGUUUUUUUCCGUUUUGCGAAGGAUGAUGUUACUUGUAAGAAAUGGAUAAAGGCAGUAAAUUCCAGGAGCCUAUUCUAAAAGGAACCGGACCCAUAUUCAUCAUGUGUGGAAGAGUCUGUGAAGAAAUGUCUUGUGAACAGUCGCCUGUUCGGAUCAGUUAUCCUGAAUCACAUUUUGAUAAUGUGUAUUCGCAGUCAUCACAGACAUCUGAGAUGGUUGUAUUUCGGCCAACAGAACAUAAGGGAUUCACUGUCAAACCACAGGGAAAGGACUCUCCUAUCCUAAGUACAAGGCUGGACACCAUGUGGUUAAAGCAGUUAAAGAGAAUUGCACUUAUGACUAUGUUGAUGAACUAAUGGCAGAGCUGCUUAGGAUGAAAGAGGAGUACAAGAGCGAUGCCAAUGCAAGUGCUGCCUCUGGCAACAUUCUGUUUUCACCGCCACCCCUGUCUUCAUCUGCAAACAGAAUCCUGAAGUCAGAGGCUGUGCAGAACCAUCGUUCGCGAUUUAAUUAGCGAACAGGGAUGGAAAUUAGUGGUUGCCCGUUUUGUUGUAUAGUUAUCUAUUACUUUUAAAGAAAGUAUUGGUUACACAUGACACUACAUGUACAUAGUACUGGGCGCGUUGAGGCUUACGAUGGGAAACCAAAAAACUAUAGAUGGUUGUCCAUGUGGGCAACUAACUGUAAAACGUUAGUUUCCAUCCCUGGCGAAGCAAAAUCCAAUGUAUGAGUCGGACGGAAAUCUCUGGCUGCCACAGUGCAUGACGGAAGAGGUCGUCGGUCCUUCUUGCUCAGACGGUGCCAAAUCCAACGAGCCAGUCUUCUAUAUGCAAUGAAUCUGUAUACUCUGAAGUUAUAAAUGUAUAAGGAUACCAUUAUGAUAAAUAUUAGUAUGUUUAGUAAAACAAAGGUACUUUUCAACUUGACAAUUACACAAGCCAUGCUGUGGCAGAUUCUUACUUAAGUUUACAGUUUAACAAACUUAUUCAGCUUGAAUAUAAUAUUAUAUAAUAAUAUUUUACUGAAAAUAUGUCAGAAAUCAGAUUUUGUAAGCAACUUCACAUCAUGUUGUAGCAGGUUGUUAUUAUAGUGUACUUUUUAAAAAAUUAAACAGCUUGUAUUUAUAUUUUUAUUUCAAAUGUUGAAAAAUAAUAAUGAACUGGCAUUUGUAAGUAACCAAAAAUCAUUGUAUAGAAAAUUGAUACUUCAUUUUACAAUUAGAUAACCCAGUCAUCUUGUAUACCCGCGUAUUUUAAUGUUGAUUAAAAUUGUUGUCUUUUUUAUGUUAUUUAUCCACCGCCAGAGGCGGAGGGAUAUUGUUUUGGCGUUGUCCGUCCGGCCGGCACUUUUGUGUCCGGAGCCAUAUCUUGGAAGUGCUUUGGCGGAUUUCAUUGAAACUUGGUAUGAGUAUAUAUAUGCAUAAGAGGAUGAUGCACGCCAAAUGGCAUUGUACACCAUCUGUUAAAAACAGAGUUAUGGCCCUUUGUAUCUUGAAAAAAUGCUUUUUACUUUAGGCACUUUUGUUUCCGGAGCCAUAUCUUGGAAGUGCUUUGGUGGAUUUCAUUGAAACUUGGUAUGAGUAUAUAUAUGCAUUAGAGGAUGA